CUGCAUGGCGCCGUUGCCCGUGGCCGUGUGCCCGUAGGCGGGGAAGCCUCGGGCCAGCGCCCGGCGGGCGGCCAGGACGGUCAGCGCCCGCAUGAGGCCGCGGCGGCGCUGGGAGGGCAGGGUGAAGCCGUGCGCCCCCCGCCGCGAAGCCGUCGGUCAGCGUCCAGCAGAGCGGCUCGCCGGCCCGGUCCAGCAGGCACAGGCUGGGGAAGCGCUCCAGCAGCUCCCCCAGCUGUCCCUGCGGGCCGCCAGCGCCUCGCGCUCUGCCUUCGCCUCCUUCCUCCUGGCGCCCCUCUUCUUCCAGCUGUACCAGCCCGGGCCCCCCGCCGCGCCCCCGCGCUGCAAGGUGCACAUGAAGUCUUUCCUCGGCGUCUUCCGCUCGCUGCCCGCGCUGGAGAAGACGGUGGAGCGGUGCCUGGUGCUGCUGCGGCCCCGUGCCAGCCGCCUGGUGGUGCAGCUGCACUGCAAGUACGGCAUCACCCGGACCCACAACCUGGCCUUCCAGGAGUGCGAGCGGCUGCAGGCCGUCUUCGACACGCAGCGCUGCGCCAGCACCCUCUGCGCCCCGGCACGGGUGCUGGCGGAGGCUGUGGUCCACUUCCCGCAGACGCUGGCGGAGGUGACGCUGGGGGCCGGCCCCGGGGGCAGGAUCAGCCUCCGCAGCUACGUGGAGGACGAGGCCGACCUGGGCAAGGCGAUGGUGACGGAGCUGUGGCUGGCCCCGGACGAGUUCCAGGCGGCGGCUGUAGUCCCGGACUCCCGCAUCACCUUCUGCCUCAAGGAAUUUCGGGGACUCCUGACUUUCGCCGAGGCCUCCAACUUGCCCCUCACCAUCCACUACGACGCGCCCGGCAGGCCGGCGAUCUUCACCCUGGAAGACCCCCUGAUGGAGGCACACCUGGUCCUGGCCACCCUCCUGGACCCCGAGAGCAGCUCCCAGCCCCCCGCAGCCAACGGCAUCUCCCACGCGCCUGCCCCAUCUGAUGACUUCGCUGAUGACCUCGAGUCCUACAUGGUUGCCAUGGAAACCGGCAGCUACGGGGAGGACUCGGGGGCACCCCCCAGCCCCACCUUCCCCCUGCGCACCCCUCGUCCCAUAGAAAGCGACCCUCAGGAGGAGGAGGAGGACGAGGAGGAUGGAGCUGUGCCAGGGACGCCCCCUCACAAGAAGUUCCGCUCGCUGUUUUUCGGCUCGGUGAUGGCAUCGGGGGGGCCCAGCCCGGCCCCCAGCCAGGAGGUGCUGGCAGAGGACAGCGAUGGCGAGUGCUGAGACCCCCGGUGCCCCCUGGCACCAGCCCUGGGGCCCUGCUGCGGCAGCU